AAAUAAUCAAUCAUUUGUUACUUAAUACUAGUAUUCUUUUGAAUAAUUUUGAAUUGUGAAUAAUUUUUUAAAUAGAUAAUUGAAUAGAAAUCAUUGUAACACCAUUACCUAAAGUUUGUCAUGAAUACUUAAACUUAAACUCGUGAAAUUUAAUUUAUAUUUUAAAUUGUAUUAGUCCGCACAGCUUAGUGUAAACAGUGUAUAAUGGUCAAUUAUUAAGUUUAGACAUUUAUUGAUCGUUCAUGUAGUUUUUAUAGUUAAUUCAAAAUGACUUCUAAUGAGCCACUACUUGUUCAAGCUGUUUAUUCAUUUAAAGGAAAAAAUAAUGACGAGCUGUGUUUGAAAAAAGGUGAUAUUGUGAUUGUCACCCAAAAGGAAGAUGGAGGUUGGUGGGAAGGAACCCUUAAAGAAAAAACUGGUUGGUUUCCAUCAAAUUAUGUCAGAGAAUAUAAACCACAAGCAGAAAAUAUUACAAACAAUAAAGUGCCAAACAUACUGGUAGAUUUAACUGAACAGUUAAGAGCUAAUCGAGCUGUAGUUGUUAUGGAUAUCGUGGAAUCAGAAAGAGCACAUGUCACUGAAUUGAAGACACUUAUCCAAAGUUUUUUGAUUCCUUUGAAAAACUCAAAUAUAAUGACUAUCGAAGAGUAUAAUCAAUUAGUAAAUAAUAUUGAAGAAGUUUCUAAAACCCAUGAAGAGCUUCUGGAAUCAUUAGAACAAGCCUCUCGAUUACCGCAGUCUGAUCAAAGAAUUGGCAAACUGUUCCUAAACAAGGCAUCUUUUAUUCGAACUGUGCAUUUACAAUAUUGCGCUUCUCAUCCUAGAGCAGUUAAUAUCAUUGAUAAAUAUAAAGAUGAAUUAAAUCAAAUAAUGGAAACACAAGGUGCAGUUAGUCCUGGAAUUUUAGUGUUAACUGUGUCAUUAAGUAAACCAUUUCGAAGAUUAGACAAGUAUAGUGGGAUGCUCCAAGAACUAGAGAGACACCUUGAAGAAAGUCAUAUUGAUAGAGGAGAUACUCAACGAUCCAUCAGCAUUUAUAAAGAAAUUGCGAGUGUAUGCUUAUCAACAAGGAAGCAAAAAGAACUGGAAUUAUCAAUAUUAAGUGGAGUUGUACAAGGAUGGGAAGGCACUGAUGCAUUGAGUUUAGGCGAUGCAAUUAAAAUUGGUUCUGUUGCAUUUGGUUCAGAGCAUAAAGAUAGAUAUCUAAUGUUAUUUUCUACUCAUCUAGUUAUUUUAUCAGUAUCCCAAAGACUAAGUUCAUUUAUAUAUGAAGGUAAGCUACCAUUAAGUGGAAUUUGUGUCAAGAAAUUAGACAAUAAUGGUGCCAUUAAAAAUGCUUUUGAAAUAUCUGGUCCUUUAAUUGAUAAUAUUGUCGCCGUUUGUCAGUCAAAAGAAGAGCAAAUUGAUUGGAUUCAAAAAAUUAACAAGCAAUUAGGAAAUAAGUGUAUCACUAAUACUACACCCAGUAAAUCAAUGGAAAAAGGUAAUAGAUUAGCUUGGGAUGUGACAAGACUUAGACCCAUUCCACCACUUCAAUUUUAUCACAACAUUAAUGAAAAAAAUAUAUGUGUAACUAAAAGAUCUGAAAGAACAUUUGAAGAUGAUGGGAAAGUCUUGAGAGUAUUUGAAGCAUUUUGUUCAAAUACAAAAUCACGACACGCCAGUUCAGGUGAUCAUUCAUUGUUAUUGUAGUAAAUUAUGAUUGAAACAGCAUUAGUAAUUAAAUAUACUUAAAUACAAAUAUAUUUUAAUUUCUGUACCAUUAAUAAUUCUGUAAGGCUGUGAAUAAUUUUGUAUGCAUUAAAUAGUAUUAUGUUGAAUUAUUAUAACUGACAUGUUAACAUACAUACUAAAAAUCUUUUUCUUGUUAAAUAAAAUUUAAAAAAUUUAAAAAUUAUUGCUUAGUACUAAUAUUAAUG